CUGUUCAACUCUUCAAGUACAGAUAUCUCUAUGAUGUUUUCGUCAGGUCUUAGCUGCAAUCUGUCCUUUCCCAGUUGUCUGGGUUAUCCACAGGACAACGAAGAAUUAAUACCAAAAAUGGCUAGAGAACCAAUUAUCCUUAAUGUUUAUGAUAUGUAUUGGAUAAAUGAAUAUACCACACCAAUUGGAUUAGGUGUAUUUCACUCAGGGGUUGAAAUUUAUGGAACAGAAUAUGCAUAUGGAGGACAUUCUAAACCAAUUUCUGGAAUUUUUGAAAUCACACCCAGAGUUGCUGAAGAAUUAGGAGAGAAAUUUAGAUAUAGGCAAUCAGUACAUAUUGGUUAUACAGAUUUCACGGAAGAAGAUGUAACCAGAAUUGUUACUGAAUUAGGAAAAGAUUUUAGGGGUGAUCGUUAUCAUUUGAUGAAUAAAAAUUGUAACCACUUUAGUAGUCAACUUACACUUAUUUUAUGUGGUCAAGAAAUACCAGGUUGGGUAAAUCGUCUUGCAUACUUUAGCUCUUGUGUACCAUUCCUUCAACGUUGUCUACCGAAGGGAUGGUUAACGCCCGACGCACUUCAACAUUCUUUGAAUCAAGUCAGCCAUGAAAGUACAUCCUCUGAAAGUACAUCUUCUGAUACUUUCUUGUAACAUUUAGCCAAUUUUAUAAAACGAAGAGAUUUAAAAUGCCGUAGGAGUUACACCAUUUAGAGAGUUUAUGCGCAAAGGAAGUUUAUCAUGACAGUAACUAUAUCGCCAAGAUUAAGGAAUCCGAGAAACA